AUGCUCGCCGGCGACCCGAUCGUCUACAAACCCGACGUCUUCUCGGUCGGCGCAACGAUCUUCCGAACCCUCUUCGGACAGCAGCCUUUCCCGUUGCCACUCGAACCGCUGGCUGAAGAUCAACUCGACAAGGUGGGAAAUGAGAACUUACAGGAAAUAAAAUACAUGUAACAAUGCAGCGUAUGGUGAAUGCUGCGGGACAUCAGCCACACGCCAAUCACAUCCCCAUGUGAAGCCGGAGUCUCUGACGAUGGCAAAAAUCAUUUGCGCGCGGCUCCUGAAGACGAAUCCCAAGGACAGACCAACUGCUCACAAAGCGCUUUCCGAUCGAUUGAUCACUGGGCGCUGGAUUCCGAAAGGGCUGCCGGUGUCAUGUCUCCAGACGCCGCUUAAGAUCAGCGAGUUGAAGAGAGAAAAUCAGUUUCGAGAGAGGAGGAAUCAGUGGCUUCUGCUGAACAUUCGGAACCUGGAAACACGGCGAAAGCAUCGAAGGAAGUUGUCAUGGCGGCUCUCCGAAUAAACUGGUACUGAAGUUGUUGCACGAAAUCGUUUAUAGGAGCACGGUCACAAAUGAUGACAUCGAAGUGAUUACGGUCUCAAGACGGAAGGAAACGGCGCGCAUCGUGUUCAACAUCAGCAGCCGGUUUGAGUUGCGGCCGCUGUCGUUUCGCGGGACUGUCAAACAAUAUGACGUGAGAGAUUUAGCUGAAAAUUUUCUGAAAAUGAUUAAUUCAGGAUCUUCGUCUCGAACGACACACGGCAUCUGCCCAAUCGGACGACACGCCAUCGCUCGAAUCGGCAAAUGCUCCCGUUCCACCACAGAAAAGUCCCAGGAGAAAUGUGGAAUACUGCGAUGCGUGGUGUGCGAACUGUGGAAUCGAAGGCCAAGGCCAUGACGGACAAAUGUCGAUCUUUACAACUUGUGUGGCAGACAAGCAUCGGUUCGACCUCGAUACGAUCGAUGGCGUAGACGUUCUGAAAAAGGAACAGCUCUGCCCCGCCUGCAUCUACUUCCACCACUCCAAAGGUCACGGCAAUUUUCAGGUCAGUCAUCUCAUCGUAAGCAAGACAAGUUUCAAUUUUUUGAAAACACGAAAUCUUUUAGAACAUGGUCGGUUGUCGAGCACGUCGAUUGUUGAAGGAUCAAGUAGAUGCCGCUCCGGGCGUGGCAGAGCACAUUGGAAAUAAAAAAUAA